CUUAUUUAAAUUUGAGCUCUGGGCUUGGGAGAAGGGUGAAGCAGGACACACAACACUCACACACACACACACGGAGGGAGAGAUACGCCGACCAGAGUCGCCCACACUCUCUGCCUUUCCGAUUCCUCCUCUGCAUCCGCGGGGAUUGGGAAUUGCGAGCAGGACUCCAUCCCCUCACCAUGUUAAGCGGGAUUAAGCUGGACGGAGUGGACUCUUCCGACUGGGAAUGCUUUUACUCCGGGAAUGAGAUUUAUCAGCCUCUGAGCAACAUGACUCCAGGGAACGCCAUGAAUCCUUACGUGACAAACACCAGGCCCGGGACCAUCAAUAUGUCGUACAUGAACGCUGGGAUGCUGAGCCACCACCCCCCGCUGUCGGCCAUGGGGACCAGCGCGGUGGUGGCCACCAGCAACCUCUCCCGGCUGGAGGCCUCGCUGAGUUCACCCAUGGAGCAGGUGGGUUCCCAACCCAACCUCAUGAGCCAGAUGACCCCCUACUGCAACGCCAGCGCGGCCUACGGCCAGGGCAACUUGGACUUCCCCGGGGACACCAAGAACGUCCGGCGGAACUACACGCACGCCAAGCCGCCCUACUCGUACAUCUCGCUCAUCACCAUGGCCAUCCAGCAGUCCUCGCAGAAGAUGCUGACCCUGAACGAGAUCUACCAGUGGAUCAUGGACUUCUUCCCCUACUACAGACAGAACCAGCAGCGUUGGCAGAACUCCAUCCGUCACUCGCUGUCCUUCAACGACUGCUUCAUCAAGAUGCCCAGGUCACCGGAGAAACCGGGCAAGGGCUCGUACUGGGCCCUGCACCCGGACUCGGGCAACAUGUUCGAGAACGGCUGCUACCUGCGGAGGCAGAAGAGAUUCAAGUGCGAGAGAGGCGGCCCGCAGAAGGAGGGGACGGGGGGUCCCGCCGAAGGCUCCGGGCUGGGGGAGGCGUCCCCCGUGGCCGGCGGUGGUGGCGAGACUGAUUCCUCCCUCGGCACUCCCGGCUCGGAGCGGGUCAGGGGCCGGGGAAGACCGCUCUACCGGCAGCUGGGCAAGGCAUCUCCGGACAACAGCCCGAGAAUCCCAAAGCAGGAAGACUCGCCCGACGCCAAGCCCGUGUCCUCGAUGUCCACCCACCCGUCCUUCCUCUCCCAGCUGGCCUCCGAGGUGUACCUGAAGCCCGACCCUCAGUUCCCCUUGACCCACCCGUUCUCCAUCACCAACCUGAUGGCCGCCGAACAGCAGACGGACAAGUCGGGCCUGAAGCCCUACGACCAGAUGUUCCCCUUCUCUGCCUACACCCCCUCAAUGGGCGCUGAACUCUCCAUGUUCCCCAAAACCAGCCUGGACCUCGCCCCCGUUCCCAACGACCCGUCCCCUUACCAGUCGCUGUGCUCGCGGCCCGUUCUGAGCUCCAUCUAGGCCCUUCAGCCCAUCCAUCGCCUCCCUGCCGACCAAGUUGGCAACCUGUGUAAAAAUAAGAAGAGACUCUAUCCACUGUGUUAUGGCUUGUAGAUAUCUACCUGUUUUCUGCGAUGACUAAUGAAAAUUAAUAUUGAUCCUUUGUACAAAUGGAAAGGAUAAUAUGAGAGUAAAAGGACU